UCUUACGUUAUGUUGAAAUCUCAGUUUAUACAUGGAGACAAAUGUUGAUAAGAUAUAUCAUCGAAAAUAUUCAAUAACUGGACUUGCACCUGAGUGAUAGCGACUGUCACAACUACUGAUAUAUAUUUCAAUAACAAUUGAUAUUACAUAUUUACUAUCCUAAACAAUUGUAUUAUUACGCCUAAAAACGUGUUUACUUCCAGUUGUUAACAGUGUUUUAUAACUAAUAGUGAACCAGUUCACCUUAAUAAGUGUGACCCUCGAAUCUGUUCUUUUGCGAAUUCUGGAACUACCUGAACCGCGCGGACAUACGGACGGACAUCCGCGUGACCACUGAAUGCCUGUCGGACUGUCGGGGUACGCGAUACCAAGUUUCUUCGACUCUGUGGCGCUGCUGAUGACCUCGACCCCCCUGCCACCUGUACACCCGCCCCCACCGCCACCAGCGCCAUCCGCCUCGCUUACCUCACUGAAUACAUCCACUUCCUGCUGUGAGAAUGGCCGUCCAAUCAUAACUGACCCGCAUACCGGUCAGAGCGUGUGCUCGUGUCAGUACGGGACCGGGCUGCUGAGUGCGUACAGCCGCGUGCCUACGCUCGGCGACGGGAUGUACACCUCCCCCCACUACCCCACCCAGGGAUACAUGCCCCUCAACACAGACACAUCCGCCUUCUACUCACCACUGAACCCGGCGCACUACGACAGCCUAAAGGAGGCGGGUGCCGGGGAUUCGUGGCGAGGAAUCCCCCAGCCCGCUGCCUGCUACCCGUACGACCCCGCCAUGGCACCGUACCCCUACCCUAACACUUACGGCGGUAUGGACUUGAAUGGCGCGGCGCGACGUAAGAACGCAACACGCGAGACAACGAACACGCUCAAAGCGUGGCUGUAUGAACACCGGAAGAACCCGUACCCAACUAAGGGGGAGAAGAUCAUGCUGGCCAUUAUCACCAAGAUGACGCUAACACAAGUGUCCACGUGGUUCGCUAACGCCAGGAGGAGGCUGAAAAAGGAGAACAAGAUGACCUGGUCGCCACGCAACCGGUGCGGGGAUGACGACGACGAUGACGUAGACAAAGAUGAUGACGACAACCAAGAUGGCGGAGAUAAAUCAGACGAUAAGUCUGACAACGACACAAAAGACAAACAACUCGAUGGCUCUGUGGACGCGGGUCUGUGCGGUCAGGCCAAGGAGGGAAAACCACUCGGUGUUGGGGCUGUGGGAGGAACGGGGUUGUACGGACAACCGGUCGAUGAGCGGCUUGGACUUGAGGAUAACCUUGAUCUGACACCCAUGCCGCUAAAGCCACAAGCCACACUCGUGCCGGACCUGGGACUCAGCGCGGACCUCAAGCGGCUCGGAUCACCGUGCUCGAACAGUAGCGACUCUGGCCUAAGCGACAUUAAUGGUUCGAUUGCAACAAACGGUUCCGGGUCGGACCACGUUGAUCCACUUCGCCCUCGAAUCUGGUCAUUGGCACAUGUGGCUACAUCAACCGCAGGACUCGUGCCACACUCCAUGGGCGAACAACGGGACCAAAAUUCAAAUUUGACGCCCCUGAAACCGAGUACAAACCCGCUCUCCAUGUCGAUGUCACCAACCGGAUACACUUCCAUGGCGUCACAGUCGUCCGCUUCAAACAGCGCGCUGCGGCCGCCGUGGUUGGACUCGUCCUUUAACAUGAGUUCGAGCUUGUUCUCACCUAUGUCUGGGACAUACAGCUCGCUGGGAAGCCAGCGGCCGCGGGAGUCGCCAAACAGCAUGGUGAAUCAGAGUCUCACGUCCCUGAACGGACUGUCAUCGCCCGGCAUGGGACGCCCCUAUCCCGGACUCUCCUCCCUCUACUCUCCCGUCCGCGACCUCGCCAAGCGCGGCCUUGACUCCAUGCCUGAUCUUCGGUCCUAGAACUGUAGAGACCUAUAGUAUAACUGCAGUAUUGUUUCUUCCUAAAUGCGACGUGAGAAAAUUCCGUGAAAAGAAAUGACACAUGAUUUCGUUUAUUCGAGACAUGACUUUAUCGCAAAGAAUAUACGAAGACCCACAGGAAUAGCGUGCAACAUACACACGGUGUAGAUAAUCAUUUAUAACCAUGUACAUGUGAACUAUUUGUCUUUAAAUCUGAAAGGUGGAAUUAGUGUUGUGCAACUUCAUUGGACAAAUGAUGUGGGUGGACUGUGUAAGUCGGUAGUUUUGGGGCUUAGCUAUAACGCCGAUGAACCAGUAUAAACAGAUAGGCAUUGCCAUAAACGACAAGUUGCCAGUCUCUGUUCUUGACAAACCGGCGUCUUGGCAGAAAUAUAAAAUUUCAGAGUGUGGAGCUCACGAGAUUGAGGUGACGUUUGAUCUCUAGAUGGACAAGUGAGACCUUUACUGCUGACCAACUUGUGUUAGAGUAAUGACAAAUAGCCGACUGGACUGGCGGAGUUGAAACUUACAGUGUGUUACCUUCAUACGGGUUGAUUCGACGUGCGCAUUUAGCACACACACCGUUAUUGUCAAUCGGAACGCCUCGGUUAUUUCCAACCGAAGGAAAAUGGCGGAGGUGUUUCGAUUGCGUUAUUGUAUGGAACACGUACGACUAUUGAUUCAUGAUUUUGUCGUUUUUUAUAGAAAAUUCUACAAAUGGUGCAAAAUGUAUUGUUGUUAUAUUUAUAAAUGAAUAGUAUAGUGAUUGUAAUAUUACAUGGUAAUUUAUUGUUUAUUAUCAGUCGUACGACUGACAAUUUGUUAUUAUUUUUGUUUAAGCAGAGUGUUCUGCUUUGCAAAGAAUCAACACGAUUCGCUGUGUCAUCAGAAGUUGUAUCACAUAUCGUGGGGUUGAUCACAAAAUGUGCCAUUUAAAUCAUUGAAGCCUUUGGCACGUUUUGGCUUGAACCUAACGAAUAGUUUCUCAAUUAUCAUUUGAAAUACAUUUAUGUUUUGUUCAUAUAGUAUUUUUUUGCCAGUCUCUCUAAUGCUAAAAAAUAAUGCCCAAAAAUUUUGACUGACCGAGCAAAAAACAGACAGAAAGAAAGUAUGAACACGUUCCAAAGAAAUUCGAUUGUUUGAUAUAGUCCUUGCAAAUAAGUUCACUAUAACAAUUUCUUUGAUUGAGAAUAACAUCACCUUAAACAAUACAUUAUCAAUGCUAUUGAGUACAAUAACCAUAUUUUUUAAUAUGAUAAUUGAAUUGUUUUAAUUUGCAGUUGACAGCGAAUACAUCAAAGGUUGAAUCACGCGAAACAUAGCAAAGUCUACCAAUAAAUAUCGCUUUCAAUGAAGCACAAAACGUCAGGUCCGUUUCUGUUAAAGCUAGAAUGGUUAUUCGGUCUAUCUGUCUUUUUAAGAUGGAUUACCCUCUUUGUAUUUAUACAGUAUCUUUUACGUUUUAUUGUUAAAAGGGAGAAAAACAUAGAUACUGGAAGAUGAUUUUGACAUUUUAAAUACCGAGUUGAUGUCAGGUUUGACAAAAGUCAGGGAUACAGUUAGUAUGGGAAAGCCCCAUAUAGCCGUCAACGCUGUGUGAUUGUUAAUGUUACGACACGCGUUUUGUCGCAUUUAAUGUGCUGACGUUUAUUGAUUUUGGAUGGUUAUUGGGAAAUCUAUAAUCAAUAACGUCGUAUUUACUCGGUAAUUAUGACAAUAAAGCUUCCUAUCAAUGCGUCACCAUGGACAUCUUACGCUAGCUGUGGGUACUUGGAAAAACAGUCACCUGUUUCUCACUUACCGCACCUUGCCAUCUUUCUUCUUGAUCUUAAUAUAAAAACGAAUAUUUUUUUUUAUAUGAUUAUCUUCAUUAUUUGCAUUGUGAAUCACCGCGUCAGAUCAUACAUAAAUAGCUGUGCAGAUGAAGUCGGUUUUCCUUGGGAGAUAAAUGUGCUAUGAAAUAUUUCAUUUUUAAAAAUUUGACUUCCUUUUUUGAUGACUUAUAAAUACGUAAAAGAGUGACUGUCGUGGCAAUAAAUGACGAAGCUAUCUAAACUAUGUCAAACUCUGAGAUUUGAUUUCUGCUGAUGCCGACACAUUAAAGUUUCGUGAUUUUAACGUCACCCUGUCUGGUCGUUAUUUGCGUCGUUAAAAUAAUUUGUGUUUUGCUUUUAAUUAAAUACGAAGUUUGAUAAAUUGAAUAAAUGGAUUAUAUAUUUACUUAUAUCGGAACGACAUGUGUGUCACGAACGUAAAUAUGUCCAGAAUUGUUUUAGGAGGUUUUCCUUUUAUAUGUGUGAAACUUUGUCUCAGUGGUUUGUUGGGCAUUCAAAAGAGAGAUCUUAUGUUUGUUUAUCUGAAUUUAUCAUUUCAACAUUGUAAUUAUGUUUUGUUUGUUUGCAUUAGAACAAAAUACAUCCAUUCAUAGAACUGCUGUUAUUCCUUGUUAAUAUGCAUGAUACAUUGUUUAAUUAUGUGAGCAAAUGUACUUGUGCUAUGGGUGACAGUUGUGAACAGCUUACAUCGUUAACUAGUGUUUAAAUCUUAAGAAUUGAAACGUAGAUUUAACCUCAACGUUUUUACUCUUCAAUGACUGGGUAGAUGUGUCUAUUGAUAUGUCUGUCCUGUGGGGGCAGGCGGACGAGGGAGGGGCUGUCUCCAGUUUCCGGGUAGAUGUGUCUGUGGAUAUGUCUGUCCUGUCGGGUAGGCGGGCGGGGGAGGACAUGUCUUCAGUUUUUGGGUAGAUGUGUUUAUUUAUCUGUUUGUCCUGUCGAGACAGGCGGACGGGGGAGGGUUGUCUCCAGUGUGCCAUACAGUACAGGAUUAUGGAUAACUAGUCUGUUUUGCUUCCAAUUAAAAUAAAAAAGGCCCAAUUGAGGAUCCUAUUAUUAUCUUUUUACAUAUAAAUUUCAGUUUUACAUAGGAAACCGUUUUCAGAUGCAUAUCACUAUAAAAUACUUUUAAGAACUGGAAUAGCACUCAGUUACCAUGUAUCUUUACAUGGACAUUGAAGUUAGAUUUUCUGUCUUCAACAGUUAUAAUUUAGAGAGAGUUAUCAUGAAAUGGAGCAAUUUGCUCUAAAAUGGAUGAUGCUCGGACACCAAUUGUUUAGCAAGAGUCACUGCCUGUUUUGUUAUUGUUUCAGUUUUUUUGUAAAAUUGUUUAAUGAUUUCACAAGAAAUAGUUUUAUUUGCUACCACUAGUCAUUUAUCAUAAACGUUCGUGAUAGCAAAAACUAAAGGUUUCUCUUCCCCGUCUAUAAAAUUAGUGGAAGUAUGAAUACAGUUUAUAAAUUGCUUCAACACCUAUCAACGUCAGGGUGUGGACACGUUACGUUAGCGCUUGAUGUUACAGCGUUGCGAGUCUCCGAGUAAUCUUUAAACAUUUCAUGUGUAGCUCGUCCGCGGAAGGCGAGGCCUGUUGGCCGUCUUCCUGACGCCGACGCAUGUUUUUAGUUUUACACCCAACGACACAAGCCCUGAAAUAUAAACAGUUGCACCAUGCAUGGCUCGUUUCUUUGUCAUUCCGAUUUAUACAAAUUGUGUAAAAUACCUUUGUCUUCAAUGUAUGUUUAAAAUGUUUUAAUUUUCUUUUUUGAAAAAUAAAUACA